AUGACGGAGCUGGCUACCGUGUCCAUGUCUGUGUGGGAUACUGUAGUAACUAGGAGGGCUGGUCUUCAGUGUGGCAAUGGCCGUGGUCUCCAUCCAGAGACGCCUCAGCCCAGGCCUCCUCACUGUGUGAGUACAACACGUGUCCAGUGUGGACAUGGAGACAAGGGGUGCCGUUGGGAAAGAGAUCGUCACCUUGAAAAAGACAAAGCUCUUCACAAUCCUCUUCUUGAUGAGCCUAGGUGCUCUUGGAACUCGCUCACUCUGUUGGGGAAACAAUCACAAGAGGUGCAACAGCUGAGAGAUGAGGUGGCGAGCCUGGCUGCAGAGAUUGGCACUAUGAAGAAGGAAGUUCAGCGAAUGAGAGAGGCAAUGUCUGCAACCACGCAGAUGUCUGACUGGGCUCUGAAAAGCGCAGGGGCUGCCAUUGACCUGCAGAGAUCAUCCAGCAGCUCUACAUGGCUCUACCGGGUGUUUUGGUUCAUGUGUGCUCCACCCCUUCUGGAUACCUUUGUGCAGCCGGAUACUUCCCCGGGAUACUGCUGGCCUUUCCAAGGGUCUCAGAGCGAGGUGCUAAUCCGGUUGCCCACACAAAUACGACCGACCGCCAUCACCAUACAGCACGCCUCAAAGAUAGCCUCUCCGCUGGGGACUGUCAGUAGCACCCCCCGAGAUUUCACUGUCUCUGGACUGGAUGAGGAAGGCAAGGACGAAACUCUGCUGGGGACAUUCACCUACGCCAUGCGGAAAGAGCCCACCCAGACCUUCCCUCUGCAGAAUGGGAUCCCCAGAGACUUUCGGGUUUUGAAGCUUGUCAUACGGAGCAACUGGGGAAAACCAGGAUACACCUGCAUUUAUCGAGUGCAGGUGUAUGGGAAGACCGUGGGAACAAAUGCUACCGGCCAGACACACGUGGAGACCUUCUCUGAAUAA